AGUACAUGUUGUGCAUUGGUGGUAAAUGUGUUUGUUUUGGCGCUUUUUAUUGACGAAUCAUUUACGCAAUAUUUACAUAUUCUAUCGAUGAUCUUAUUGAGAAAGUUCCAAUACAAAAUUAACCGAUCUUGACCUUGUUUUUAUGAAUUCAACAAACAUGUGUUUUGAAAUUAUAGGAUUCAAAACUAUAAGGAACUAAGGUUAACGAACUGAUGGUGCACAAGCUUGAAGAUGUCGAUUAGUGGUUAUACUUGUAUACGAGUAGUGUUUUGUUGGGUUAAUGUGUUGUUUUGGAUUACUGGUUGCGGUUUAUUGGGUGGCGGAAUAUGGCUACGAGUAGCCUACGAGGGGUAUACGAAUUUACUACCUCAGUUCGCCUUACUUAGUGCUGAUGCUUUAGCCAUAGCUUUAGGAAUCAUAACUUUUACUUUUUCUUUUUUCGCAUGUUGUGGUUCAUGGUUUCAAAACAGAUGUAUGCUUAUAACGUAUUUUUGCCUAGUCGUAUUCAUAUUUUUGCUGGAGUUUAUUUUCGGAUCUUUAGCUUUCAUAUUUCGAGACAGCUUGAAACACACGUUCAGCGAGGAAUUACAAAACGGCAUAUACCAUCAUUACAAUACGUCUUUACGAGGGCCGAACAGUUUAGUGCAGAUAUGGGAUAAUAUACAAGUUCAAUUUGGAUGUUGUGGGGUUAAAAGUUAUGAAGAUUGGUAUAUGAUAGACGCUUGGCCGGACGAGAAAUGGGUACCAGAUUCCUGUUGCCUUCCAGCUAAUUACGACCUUAAUUGUGGUAAAAUUAGAGAUGUAAAUAUUUAUACCCAAGGCUGUUACGCCCAAAUACACAAUUUUUUCAUAAGAAGACUGGAUAUUAUUGGAUUUGUUGGUAUACUAAUUGCUUUCUUUCAAUUGUAUGGAUUGAUAUCUUCCAUGAUACUUUUUUGUACAGUGAAACAUAAAAGAAGGUCGAGGACGUACAAAUCUUAUUCGUAACGGAUAUUUUUAAAAUAGCAAAAUCGUCACAACGAUAACAAUGUUUUACGACUUUUUAAUUGUCCUAUAUAUAUACAUAUCUAUUUAUUUUGUAUAUUUAUUAUGAAAUGAUUGUAAAUAUAAUUUAAAACGUUGUCCAAAGUCGUUGUAAAUCAAGCUUAUCUUAUUGAAAUUAACUAUUUAUUAUAAAAAAAUAUUUAUUUACGGUUAUAAGUGAUUUUAAUAGAAAAAAUGUAUAAUAAACUUAUUUAAGUAAA